GGAGAAAUACAGUGGAGAUAGAGAAAUCCUUUUGGAAUACAGCCUGGAGGAGCAGUCUGGUAUGUGGGACUCUAAGAGGACAAGAACGGAAAGAAUGUUAAAUCUGUUUCUGUAAAAAGGGAAACUUAUCAGAACGUUUUUUUUUUUUUUGUGGUGGUAAUCUUGCCAGAUCUGGAGACUGCAAGAUGAUGCUCCAAAAAUAGAUACCUGUCCAUGUGCUUAAUGUUAUUACUAUAAUCUGACCCCCUGACCUACCCUCUAGUUCAGUCAUUGAGACAGGAAGUUUGUCAGCUAACAGCAUGCUACCAUUAAGAUAUUUAACAUAGGAGAACAUUAAACCUCUCAACACUCAGUACGUUCACAUGACACUCGAGAAAACCGAAUUAUUGCCUUCCUCCAAUUAAGACCGGACAACUGAAGUGCAUGUAAACACCAUAGUCCGACUAUAAUUGGAAUCUGAGAAGUCCGAUUGGAGUCGGUGAACUCUGAUUACAACACCCAGAUAAUGAGUCAGUAAUUCAAUUUUCUCAGCUGCAUGUAUACAAGGACGAGGAGUCCAAUUCGGCGAAAAAACUGAAUUAUGAGCUUAGUCCGAUUAAGCUGUGCAUGUGUACGCAGACAAACUGUUACUUAAAAACUCUGAAAAAGUCGUAUGAUGGUAAAAAAUACCUAAAGAAACAACCUCCAACUGAGUAAUUUAAUAUAAGUAAGUUGCAUGAAUGAGAAUAAAUAUUCCUGAAAUUCCUGGAAGCCUGACUCUCUGUGAUAAAAACAUACAUCUGUGAGAGACUGCGUGAGCAAAUUGUUCAGUUGUUCAAAAUCACCUCCAAAUUCUCUGCUUUUGAACGCAUCUGAACAUAUAAGAAUAAAAUGUCUCAGUUUCAACAUUUUCAUCCUGGCUUUGCACCAUUUUUAAUUAAUACCUCAAAAUCUCUUUUUAUCAACAUUUUACAAAGCCUCUGACCUUCGUUAUGGAGCUGGGGGUUGUGGCAUUUAAACCUCCAAUCUGAUCUACUCUUUAACCUUCAAAGGUUUUUUAAAAAAAUAACCCAAUCAAAUUAAAAUCAGGCAAAUUCCUGUGUUUCUGUAAAGCAGCAAAACUAUUUGAUUAGAAAAGACAAAUGUUUAAUCUCUAUGAGUACCACGAUACCAUCAUAGAAUAGCGCAUUAGCAACAGUGAUAUUGCAACUUCUCUUACCUCUGGCCUUCCCUCAGCUCCCUCUAAAAGUGUCACAAUCGUCUGGUAUCUCAUCUACUUCUAAAUCUCUCUGGAGGCAUCAUAGAUCUCAGGAAGGACAAUCUCUCCCCUUAGCUCUACUCGGUCACAUUCCUGCACGCUCGGCCCGUUUAUUUUGAUGUCUCAUGAAGCAGACUUCCAUCAAGAGAGUAUUUAUUUUUUGAUGAACCGCUUCCUCCAUGUCUACCCGCCUUCUUACAAAAAUGAAAGUAAAUAUUGCAUUUUGACAUAUGAACAGAUUAUACAAUGAUGAAUACUAGUCAUAAUACGCUCCAGUAUCAUCUUUAGCUUAUUGCUUUUUUUUCUUUUUUAAAUGCUGUCCUUAUAAUACUUGACUAGGUCAAAUCAACCUUCGAUGUGACUUAUUCAAUAACUAACACCUCAGUUUCUUCAAAUUGAUUUAAGUUCUUCUUUGUUGAAAUACAUUUUAAUUGCAUUUUGAUGCAUUUCUGUGAAUUUUUGUUUGUCUCUGAACACAAAUCUGAGCAUUUGUUCCUCAUGAUGAAUUCCGGUUUUAUCACUCCAGGGAGGAAAUGACUACAUGGCACGACACGUCACAUGUUUAAAUUGUAUAAAAAGCUGGGAUGAGCUGUGCAGUGAAUUCCUGGAUGAGCUGGUCGGACAGUCAGUCCAUGUAGGGAUCGUCUGAGCCGAGCAGGGCAGGAAUGUUAAGAAGCAGCCUCCCAAUUACGGGAAAUAUUCAGCAAGGAUUUAGACUCGGAAUCUCAAACUCGCACAGAGCAGCUCCUGUUUACGCCGUAAAUCUGAUGGUCAGGACUGAAACGCUCCAUUGUGUGUCACAUCAGACAUCAGAUGCAGACUACUGCACUGCUGAAAUGUCAAAUCUGUCCUAAAGUUUGUUUGGUAGAAGUACAUUCCACCUUUACAUAUGACUAUAAAAAAAUCAAACUCUUGAGUCUGAAGCCACACGCACAUACACUUCAUAACACCUUGAUGGACCAAAGGGCCAAUGGUGGUGGACGGCUUCUCUUUCUUGGCUGCAGGACAGCAAGGUUCAGAAGAUCUUUUGUACCAACAGCCAUCAGACUUUACAACUCUUUUGUAAAUAGUAGAUGACUUUUUGACACAUGACAACGGGAUAAGAUCAAGUUAUUCUUAUAUUUGGGUUCCCUAAAGAGUUGACAGUUCAGCUCCCUCAAAAGGUGCUGGAUGAAGUUUAGGACCUUCGUGGACCUAGCUUUGAGCACUGGCAGAAAAAUCAGAAUCACAACUUAAUCAUGUUUGGGAACUGUAGUCAUAAAUACUGUAGAGUAAAUGUAUGAGGUGUUUCCAAAUGAAGCAAAUACGAUGAGAGCAAAGGAAUUAACUGCACAAGACUAUUUGUAAAAUGUUUGUUUACUUUAAGUGAAAAUUAUUUCUUUCUUUGAAGUAAAAUGUAUCAAAUUGGAAAUAUAUCUGAUGGUCUGACAAAAAAAAUGGAACUUGCUCACCCCCCUGGUUUCAGAAAUGGUGGUGGCCUCUUAAGAAAAAAGCUACUUUGAUCCAUGAUAUGUGUGAAGCUCAAUUUGAGCUUUUACUUAAAAACCAUCCUUCUUUAACACUCACUCUUCUCCUUCUUUGUCCAACCAGUGCAUCUUGGGCAGCUGUUAGCUACAUAAAAUAUCCCACACUUUUCUAAUUUGUUUGAGUAUCAAAGCAAUAUCAAAGAAAAAUUUCCUCUUUCAGAGUAAAGCUAUGGGAAAAUAAAGACAUAAUGUUAUGAGAACAAAAAAAUGGCAGAAUCUAAUGAGUAAAGUUGAACUGAAGUCAAAAUAUGAGAUUAAAGUCAUAUUUUCCUAAGAGUGAAGUAGUGCUUAAGUCAUAGCCUUGGUUUACAGUACCAUUUAAUACCUCCUUGCACUUUGUUGUUGAUUUUGGGUUUUUUUUCCUGUCACUUUUGCAUUCGUAGUUGAAAGAAAGUUAAAUCUGCUUUAAAAUAUGAGUAUGUAAUUGUGAGAUCUUUUUUGAAAUGAUUUACGACAACAGUAAAAAUACCUUCCAAAUUAAAAUAUACUUCAUCAUGCUCAUUAUGGGGUGGCACAGUGGUGUAGUGGUUAGCACUGUCGCCUCACAGCAAGAAGGUCCAGGGUUCGAAUCCCUCUCAGGGCGCAUUACUUCACUCAAAAGUUUAAACUUGUUCAUAACAUAGUUCACUCAAAUUCAAGGAAAAGAAGCAUCAACGGGCUGUAUUUUUGUGAAUUUUCUUAAUAUUUUAUACUCCCAAAACAAAUACUUACAAACAUGAUGGACAAAAAUAUAUUUUUUCUUAUAUAUAUAAAGAGCAGGAAAACUUCAUUUUAAUGCCCUAGAAACUGGUUAAGGGUCAUUAAAAGCAUUAAAUGCUACUGUAAGAGACAAAAGGAUUAAGUAUGGCAAUUUUCUUUUUUUUUUUUAAACCAAGCUGAUUCUUGGUUUGGGUUUAAAUGUGGAUGAAUUAAAAUUCAAGUUUUGUCUUUUAGGUCACAGACCCAGGCUGCCAUCAAUCCAAAUGAAGAGCCUCUUGGGUUUUUGGACGAUAACUUCACAGAGAUGGAUUAUAUGCACAACAACAAACCUUCACCAGCUUAUUGAAACUUAAUAAUACAACAUAAAGUUUCAUAAAGUGCUUCAUGUCCUUGUUGUUCUGGUGAAUAUGCCUUCAUCUUACUCUACACCGUCAGGGGUGGAGGCAAGGAGUUUGUCAGUACGUCCACAGCGGGGCUGCAGAGCAGAGACGUAUCCUGCAGGAGGGACACCAACUCCACAGACCCUGGAGGAUCAGUCUGGUUUUGUGCAGGACUUGUGACUGGUUCAGGCACCCUGCCCUUCUUGGGGACCACUCUCUUUGUUUCACUGUAACCGCUCAGCCUGGAGGCCAAAGACCUCUUGGGUCGAGGCUUUUUCAGCUUCCUCCUCAGCGGGUCAUGGGCGAUGCUGUGACGCUGCAGACUCUGCCUCAUGGCGAAGGUUUUCCUACAGCCCGGGUGGGUGCAGGUGAAGGGUCGCAGCUCCUCGUGGAAGGAGCUUAUGUGGCUCUGAAGGUUGAAAGCAGUGGUGAAAGACCUCUCACAGUCGUCUCUCGGGCACUUGAGGACCACCCGCACAUCAGAGUGGAUGUGUUGAUGCUGCUGCAGGAACCAGGAGUCCCUGAACUCUUUGCUGCACUGAUCACACCUCACAGUGAGCCUGUGCUGCUCCUUCCUGUGCUUCAGGUACUCGGUCCAGGUCUUUCCUGUGAAGCUGCAGUCCUCCUCUUUACAGGGGUAACCUCUGUGCACCUUCUCAUGCCUCUUCAGCUUGCUGGGGAAGGCGAAUCUCAUCUGACAUCCUUCAUAGGUGCACAGGUAAGGGGGCAGCUGAGUGUGCUGCUCACAUAUAUGAGACUUGAGCUGCUUGUGUUUCUUGAACUCCAGCCCACAGCCCUCAAACUUACACGCAUACUUCUUCUGCUCCUGAGUGUGGGCCCUGCUCAUGUGUCUGCUCCGGUUGGAGUUGGUGGUAAAUGCCUCUUCACAGCCGUCAACGGUGCAUUUAAAAGGCUUCACGCCGCUGUGGGUGAGAUCAUGUCGGGCUAAGUGGUAUGGGCUGCUGAAAGACUUCCCGCAGCCAUCGUGCUCACAUGUGUGCGGCUUCACUCCGGUGUGUUUACAAAGAUGAGCGCUCAGCUUCCACUGUUUGUUGUAGGCGGCCGAACAGUCCGGAAAAGAGCAGAUGUAACGUUUCUGUGGCUCCGCUUUAUUUUCCAUUUCUGCGACAUCGACAUGUGAUAGAAACACAAGUAGAAACGUCUGAUUUGAUACGGCCACGUUUUCACUGACAGUCUUCCUGACACCGGUUCUUCCCACAAUCCUCUGCAAAGUGACGUCAGUUUCUAAGAAGAUGCUACAUUCAGGUGCUCAUCUGAAGCUCGGAAUGUUUUAAAUGUUUUACAAAAUCCAAAUGGAUUCACACACUAGAGAGAAAAUAAGGCAAGACAACGAUAUACCUUUAAAAUGCAAAAAUAUAAAAAAUAAAAUAAAAUAAAUACAAAAAUACAUAGGACUUUCAUAUUAUAACAUGAAAACAUCAUAUCACAAAAUAAUGUGAUAAGUAUCACGUAAAAAUGUGAUAAGUAUCUAUCGCAUUAUUUAUGAAAAAAAUACAUCUAAAAACCACGUAAAUAUUUACGAGGGGGUAAAACAAAAAUUAAAAAAACGAACAUGAAAGAGUGUCUAUUACCAGGUUUUUACAGCCUAAACAUGGAUUUUCCGAUUUUUUCGUACAGCACAUGAAUGCAUGGUUACGUCUCUGGUACCCAUCAGCCCUCUGGAGUGUUUUUGGCUGUACAGCUACAGAAGCUUCUGUGAGUAUUUUGUUUUAGCGUUAAAACAACAUUCAUCAUAUCGACAACUCAUUUUAGAUAACUAUACAACUGUUUGUAGUUGCUUUCGUAAUUUAGCAAUAAUUUGUAAAUAUCUGCAAGGGAAAAAAAAGGGGGCGUUACUUAUCAAGCUAACUGCUGCUAACGUUAACUUAGUGUUCGCUGUAUUGGAACCGUUUCUUUAAACUAGCUCUGGAAUAAAAACAGGACUUUACUAUGCUGGGAAAUGUUAAAUAUAUAAGGUAUAACAGAUUGUCAGGCAUCUUAUUGUUCAUGAAAAGACAGUUUAGCUCACUGUUUUCUCCAAAGUUCAUAAAUAUUCUGUCUAACCGUGUAACAGCCUGUAAAACCAUCAUGUUUUUGUUUGUCUUCAGUGACACCGAGCUUUGGUUUUGGUCUGUUAUCAGGUCUUAGUGUGGGGGUCCUGACGUCAAAAUGGUAAGCCAUGACCUCUAUCAUGUACUUGUGUCUGUCCCUGGAGUUACACACAAUCACAAGUGUUUAAUGUGCAUUUAUCUAUCAAAGUGCUCUGUGUUUAUUUCUUAUACAGGGUGAAAGGAAAGGAACCAACAAAUACUACCCUCCUGAUUUUGAUCCGGCUAAGGUGAGUAUUUGCAGACAGAGUCGCUCAAAGUAUGGGUCAGUGUCAGGCAAGUUUUAAUUUUUGUCCUAUUGUGUCCUAGCAUGGAUCACUUAACGGUUACCAUAAAACCCACGCCCUGCGGGAGAGGGCCAGGAAGCUGUCCCAGGGCAUCCUCAUCAUCAGGUGGGUGAACACAGAGGAGUGAAAGGGAUUAUUAUCCACAAUUAUGUUAUCAGACAUGUUUAAGAUUGUUUUGUUUGAUCUGGAGACACACACACAAGCAAAUUAAGGCACAGAUUUUAUAAAACACUUACAACUGUAUUAUCAGAUUUAAGAAACAUCUAUUCUGUCGUGUUACUCCAAAGCAAUGACACUUUUUUUCUGUUGUUUUCUUUGAUAUAUUUGAUGUUAAUUCACUGAAUUAUUCAUUUUUGUCCUCAAAGGUUUGAAAUGCCGUACAACAUCUGGUGUGAUGGCUGUAAAAAUCACAUCGGCAUGGGUAAGUGUUAAGAAAAAUGUCUUAUGAAGUGCUAUUUAAAAAACUAUAUUGACUGGCUGUAAUGUUUUUCUCUGUACAGGGGUCCGCUACAACGCAGAGAAGAAGAAAGUGGGGAACUACUACACCACGCCAAUCUACAGGUAAGUGUGAAGAGACAGGGUCUGUUUUAACUCACAUUACACUCUGAAAGAAAUGAAAAUGAAGACAUGUUUUUGUAAUCCAGGUUCAGGAUGAAGUGCCACCUGUGUGUGAACUACAUUGAGAUGCAGACGGAUCCGGCAUCCUGCGACUAUGUCAUAGUAAGCGGAGCGAGCCGGAAGGAGGAGCGCUGGGACAUGGAGGAAAAUGAGCAGAUCCUCACCACAGGUUAGGAAUCAUUUUUACUGUCAAAGGAAAGAAAAGGUUUGCUUAGGUGUCUGCUGGAGUCGUAAUUUGGGCAGAUAACCAGCUGAUAACCAGGCUGCAGUUUGCCUCUGUGCUCUGCUUCAGCUGUUUAUCAUCUCUCCUCUGUACAGAGCGGACAGAAAAGGAGAAACUGGAGACAGAUGCCAUGUUCAAACUUGACCACGGUGGGAAAGACAAGGAGAAGCUCAAAAAGGCUCUGCCCUCCCUGUCUGAGAUCCAAGAGUACCAGUCCGGCUGGAAGGAUGACUUUCAGCUCAACAGUUCCCUCCGGAGGAAGUUCAGGGUAAGAAAAUCACUUCUUGACUUUCUAAAAGUUUCCACUUCUAUGAGAAUAUUUCCCUACAGUUAUGGGAUCAUUUUGACUUUGGUUUGUGUGGUUCUUUUAAAUUUGUGUACUACAAAUAUUCCAGACAAUCCAAUGAGAGUUAAAUGAAAGGCUAGAGACUGUGACACAUUAUCUGGUGUAAUCCGGGGUUAGAAUUUGCAGUUCGUACAGUAACUCCAGGUUUUACAGGAGAUUCACUUCCUGAGGGACAAUUUCAUGAACAAAAACUGUGAUGAAAAAAAGUGUCUCUGAUUGUCUUUGAUUGGUCCCAGGUCACUUAAACAACCUCAUUUAUGUAACUGUGCUCACUGUAAAUCUGUCAGGUUGAUAACCAGCUUCCCCCAAAACUGCAUCUAUUUCUGCUUGGCCCCCAAACGUCUCCAAACAAGAUGAAAUAAUCACCAGAACAGUAUCUUUCUCUGCUCGAGAAAGUGUCCACAUUUGGACACACGCUGAGAUCUUUGUAUCUGACUGCUUUGUUUGACCCUGUGUGUGCAGACAGAGAAGAAGGUUCUGGCUGAGCAGGAGGAGAAGGACAACAAGGUGAGGACAAGGACCAACCUGUCCAUCCCUCUGCUCCCAGAGAAGGAGGAGGACAAGAAACUGGCUGCACUGCUCACCUACCAGGCGCCUGACUGUAAGAGCCUGUUACAUGCUCUGAAGUAACAUGUUAGUCAUGAUAGUUUAAGACUGCUAAAGAACUAAAUAUCGAAUUCUGGUUUCAGUGAGUUCUGGUUUAACAAUCAUAAAACAUUUUCUCUUCUUUGUUUUCUCUCUAAACAGCCUAUGAGGACAAACAGCACAGCAAGCGAAGAGAGAUCUCCUCUCGUUCGUGGUUCAACACAUCCUCAGCUGCACCUGGAAGUGCAGCUAGCAGUCUGCUUCACAAGCUGGGCCAGCAGGGGAAAGAAGCAGCCAUAGCCAAAUCUCUGAGCACCUCACACAGCCCCCUGAUCCGCAAACGCUCAGGAGGUCCUGGUGUCAAAGCAGAACCCUGCGCCACGGUCACAAGCGGACUAUCCCAGCCUGAAAUCAGCAGGAGCGUUGGAGAGGUUUCAAAGGAGUCCCAGAGUCUAAUAUCAACAUACAAGAGUCAAGAAGUGGCGGAGAUAAACAGCUCCAGCUCCUCUGAGGUAGACCGGAAAACCACAGAGCAGGGAGAGGACGGACCAAAAAACACCGAAGACUCUGGGGAGGAGAAGGUGCAGGACAAAAGUUCAGGAGCAGUCACAUCUUUGGUGGCAGAUUACAGCGACUCUGACUCAGACUCUGAGCAGUGAGGCUGGAUGUAGAGCUUCACGAGUUCACCGUUCCUGUUUUCACUGAAUGUUAGUUUUAGUUUAAGAGAGUGAAAAACAAUCUCUUGAUGUUUCUUUCCCGCCAUGGACCAUUGCGAAAAUGUUUGUUGCUUUCAAGACUGCAAAACAUUUAGAUAAUAAGACUGCUCAUUUUUCUUGCAGCCAAUCACAGCAAGAGUUUUUUUAAAUUGUAUUUAAGGUUUGAUUGACUUUCUACCAACCAGCAACAACCUACACAGUCUGUGUUCUUGUGAUAUCCAUGGCAGAAAUGUUGUUUAUUUAUUAAUAUGACCUUUGAAAUAUGAACUUGUAUCAAAUGAAUGAAUGUAUAAAUCUUCAGGAAGAGGAGGAUUUUCAUUUGACACUUUCCAGCUGUGACAUUGAUGCCUGAAUCCUGGUGUUCAAACAGUACACAGCCGUGCAUAUUACAGGCUAAAUAUUCUGUCCUCCAAAACAAACUGCUGAGCCAGAAGUGGAUUUUAUGGAUUCAUGAUGAGCUGCAGACUGUCAAAAAUGUUCAACUUGUUUUCCUCAUAAGGCCUGUUUGCAAACACUAUGAUUCAAACUCAGUAUGUGUUGUAAUUUUAGUUUUUUAGUCACUUGCAUGUGCAGUAAAACAUGCAAGAUGACCCGUUCAAACUGUUCAAAAGAGUUCUGUUUGAGUUGAACUGAGGAUUAUAAAUUGUUUAGACGUUUUACAUAAAGUAUGAGUGUCUGAUUUUUGCUUCAAAUUGAGAAUCAAAGAGAAAAUCUGCCAACUGUCUUUCAAGUGGGUUGGGUGUGUGAGUAAUUUCUUGAAAUACUCAGAAAAAUCCAACUAACUGGUGCUUAUUUCUCCGAUUUUCUCACCCCAGCUUUAGUGGACUGCAUGACCCAGUGUGUGUGUCAUCAUGUCAAUAAAUCCAUCAGUCUUUAUUUAUAUCCUGCAGAUUCACAUCAAGUGUUAUCCCAAGACACUUAACAAAAGAACCUGGUAUAGACUAUACUCCAAAAAUGUAGAUAUAAGCUAAUUUUAUAAAAUGUCUGUUAAAAGAU